CCUCCCUGUUCCUUUCAUUCAUCCUUCCUCACCAAUUCCCUUUCCCUCUUUGACACUUCUUUCUUCCUUCUUUUGUUCUUAUUUCCACUUCAAUUCCUUCGCCUUUUCUCCUUCUUCAACGUCUAUAAAUCUUUACAUAUUCCUUUUACGCCAUUGAUAUUUCUUUUUUCUGUUCUUCUGUUCUUUGGCGUACCCACGAUUCUCCUUCUUUCCGAGGGACAACAGUUUCCGAUCGCUCAGAAAGUUGAUUGUUCUUCCAUAUUAGUGUUGGGUUUUUCACUUACUGAUCUGGGUCUGUCGAUUUCUUUAGUGGGUCAUUCAGGAAUUUGCUGUAGAUUGUUUGUUUUUCUUUCAUCUUGUCUAUAAAAUUGUUCGAUUCUUGUUGCUUCUGUUUAGUUUGAUUCGUGAUUACACUCUUCAAGCCUCUUAGAAAGUUGGGUUGUUCUCUAACCCUAGAUUUGGGGUUUCUUUCUGUGGAGUUGGUGUUGGAUUAGCGAGGGAAUUAGUUGGAUUUUUGGGGGUUUUGAUUUGAAUAGAUUUGAUUUCUGGUUUUGAUUGGAUUAUUUGGGUUUGAUUGUGAUCUGAUUUGGAGAGGGAAGUGAUUUUUUGUGCCCUAGAUCAUGGGAGUUCCGACGAUUGCUUUAUACGUCGUUCCGCCGAGUAGUAUUUGCUCUACGCACCCUUGUCAGAUCAAUGCUCAUUCGUCUUUCGAUUUCGAAAUUGGUUCUCGAUCUUCUUCAGCGUCGUCAGCAUCGGCUUCUCAGAAGCCGGUGGCCGGUGGGCUGACUUGCCUUUUCUCCGCUUCUCCGGUGCGGCAUGUUUCGUCGACGACUAGCUAUGCCGGUUGUGGAGAGGAAUUGGGAUCGUUAUGGCAUGAUAGAGGGGAGGAAUUGAGUAGCUCAUUCCGUUAUUCUUCGAGCAAAUAUUUGGGGUCUUCAUUGACUAGGGAUUCUAGCCCUGUAUCGGUGUUUCAGGGUCCGAUUACGUGUUGCAGUAGCGGAGUUGGUUCAUCGGCGAAGAGCCCUCCAAUUUGGAUUUCGAGAGAGAAGAGUGGGGACGUGAAUUUCCAGAGCUCGAUCGGAGUUGGGUCAAAUGGAUUCUUCAAUGGAUACUUGAGGAAUGCUUCAGGAUCUUAUGUGGAUGUUCAUAGAAAUGCACUUGAUGUGAGUUCAUCGGCUGUGCUCAUGGAUGAGUUGACUUUUAAUUUGGAAGAUGGAUUUGUGGAGUGCACUUCAGAGUCGUAUGCAAGGGAUAUGCUUCGUGGUGCACAAAUUAGGCAUGAAAUCUUUCUCGAUGAAUUCGUGAUCAAGGCGUUUUACGAAGCUGAAAAGGCACACAGAGGACAAAUGCGAGCGAGUGGAGAUCCAUAUUUACAACAUUGUGUCGAAACUGCGGUGUUGUUGGCAUCAAUUGGUGCAAAUUCCACGGUUGUCGCUGCAGGGCUUCUGCACGAUGCGCUCGACGAUUCUAUCGUGUGUUAUGACUACAUUUUAGGGACAGUUGGAGCUGGGGUUGCUGAUUUAGUUGAAGAGGUGUCUCAACUAAGUCAUUUAAGCAAGCUUGCACGCGAAAAUAACACAGCUAACAAAACCGUCGAGGCAGAUCGGUUGCAUACCAUGUUCCUCGCCAUGGCCGACACUAGGGCCGUUCUCGUUAAAUUGGCUGAUCGUCUGCAUAACAUGAUGACACUAGAUGCAUUGCCAUUGACCAAACGAUUAAGAGUUGCCAAGGAGACUUUGGAAAUCUUCGUACCAUUGGCUAAUCGCUUGGGAAUAUCGAGUUGGAAGGAGCAGCUGGAAAAUUUAUGCUUUAAGCAUCUUCAUCCCGUCGAGUAUAAAGAAUUUUCGUCUAAACUCGUGGAGUCGUUUGAUUCAGCAAUGAUUACUUCUGCUAUUGAAAAAUUAGAUCAAGCUCUUAAGAAUGAAGGGAUUUCUUACCAUCUCUUAUCUGGACGCAAUAAAAGCUUGUACAGCAUAUACUUGAAAAUGUUAAGAAAGAAGUUGACCAUGGAUGAAAUACACGACAUUCACGGAUUACGUCUUAUUGUAAAAAAUGAAGGAGACUGCCAGAGAGCUUUGGCAGUAGUUCAUCAGUUGUGGUCCGAAGUGCCCGGGCGGUUCAAAGAUUAUAUUAGUCACCCCAAGUUUAAUGGGUAUCGAUCGCUCCACACGGUUGUGGUGGGUGAAGAUAUGGCACCCCUUGAAGUUCAAAUUCGAACAAAGGAAAUGCAUUUGCAAGCUGAGUUUGGGAUUGCAGCUCAUUGGAGAUAUAAGGAGGGCGACAGUGAAUAUUCUCCGUUUGUCGUUCAGAUGGUCGAAUGGGCCCGAUGGGUCGUCACUUGGCAGUGUUUGGCUAUGAGCAAGGAUGGAUCAUCUGUUGGUUCUGAUGAUUCAAUCAAGCCACCCUGCAAAUUCCCUUCUCAUUCUGAAGGCUGUCCAUAUUCAUACAAAAGCCAAUGUGAUCGACAAGAUGGACCGGUCUUUGUCAUAACUAUUGAGAAUGACAAGAUGUCGGUACAAGAGUUUCCUGCAAAUUCAACAAUCAUGGAUUUAAUGGAAAGAUGUGGGCGAGGAAGCUCAAGAUGGACCUCCCAUGGCUUCCCCACGAAAGAGGAGUUGAGGCCGAAGGUAAACCACGAGCGAGUGAAUGAUCCAAAAUGCAAGCUGAAGAUGGGUGAUGUGGUAGAGCUAACUUCCACCAUACCCGACAAGUCAUUGACAGAGUGCAGGGAGGAAAUCCAGCGAAUGUACGAUCGUGGGAUCACGGUAUCAAAUCCCGGACCGUCCCCGGUUGCACCAAACACUGCUGGUUUCUGGAGCUGACCAUACCUUAUUUUGUCUAUGAUAUACAUUUAGUGAUGAUUAUCAAAUUAUUCUGUAUAUAGCGGUCUCUGUACAAAACAACUUGAUAGUUGCCACAAAGAAAUAGAUGACUAACAGAAACUCAGAACGGUUCAAAAUCAAGAUUAAAAGUUAAUUAUUGAAUGAUAGAAUUUCAUUUUCAUA